CGCCGUCUCACGCUUUAAUCCACAUUUGCUGAGGUUCUUAAUGUAAUAAAAGUGGGACCAUUCAAGUGUAUUGUAGCCAUACAAUUAUGUGUCAUUUAGAUGGAUUCCUGCUCUAUCUGCUCUUUGUCAGUCAGUUGAUCAUGUCUGAGUGCAGUUUGAUUUUUCUUUUUAGUCACAGUUUGCAGAUGUGUCACUAAUUUUAAUUACAAAAUUAGGGCUGUGUUGUAUGGGUUAGGUGGCCGCUGAGAGUCAUGAUCUGUGUUCCAAAAGCAGAUAAACUGCACCUCAAACAAAACAAAAACCCUAAACACUGCAUUAGACCACACUAUUUCCUAUGCCAGAUUAAUUGGCAGGUCUUUUCACAGCAGGGACUAAAAACAACUCACCAACAAACAGACCGAAAAUCAUUUGAGAAUCAUGCAACAUGUAUUUUUUUAUUCAUAGUUUAUCCUUCUGAACACCAAUACUGUCCAGUGGGCCUGAAGGGCAGGUUUUUCUUUUUUAAAUAAUGAAAAUCACACCAGUUAUAUCCAGUUAAUCUGAAAAAAAUGUCCAAGUUUUCAACUCUAGAGUGGCCUUGAGCAUUUUAUGUGUGAUGUGUGGUUCCAUUAAAAACAAUAACCACAUCUAGGUUAAACGUGUCAUUCAAAGAACUCCUUAAAAAAAAAGAUAAAGCCGUUCCACCAGAUCCUGUAAAUAAUCAGCAAACCGAGAAAACACAGCUUUCUCGACUGUGAACAGCCUUAACAUGAAAAAAAAUCUGAGUUCUCAGGCGAACUGCAAGCUGUAGAAAUGCAACGUGGCUCAAAAACGGUCGAUAGAAGGAUGAGUUGUGGGAAGAUACAUUCAGCAUGGUGAAACAUCUUUGUAAAAUUGAUGUGCAGAGUGAUGUGAAAAAGGGUUGGUGUGUAGAAGGUGUAAAAAUGUUCAUGUCUACAGUAUUGGUAACUCUUGUGAGCACUGUUGACUCCAGGUUUCUUCAGUUGCAGUAAAAUUUCUAUGAAAUAAAUCUUUUUUUGUUUGUAUUUUGAUGAGUUGUGGCGUUAGAACUUUGUUUAACUGUACAGAAGAUAUAUUGGAGAUCUAGCCAUGCUUACAUUGUGUGCAUAUAGAGGUGCAGAGGUCAGACUUUAAUCCUGUUCCUUGUAGACAAACACCACCAACAGGCAAGUUUGGAGCUUUGACUGUGGUUUAAUGUGAAUGACCUUGAUAGUAACGUUUGGCACCUCCCUCCUCCUUCAGCUCAGCAUCCUGACAGCAGCUCCGGGUUGGAUCCAGCGGGAGUGAGAGCUGUGCCUGCGGACAGAGCAGCGGUUUGUCCGUCCCACUGAGCGCUGCGCUGCUGUCUGUCUGCUGCCUGUUGGAGCUGCUGCCGCUGAGCAUGUGCUCGGCUGAUCCAGAGGAGACGCUUCUCUUCGACGCUCACAGGUUGCGGACAUGGAUCACUGAGCGCACGGCUCCGAGGUAAGAGCGCUGUCACCAAGCUGUUAUUCAUCCCUGCAUCAUGGAGGCUCAGCCUGGUGCAUCAUGGGAGCUCAUCAGCAGUGUGACAGAUACAAUAUAUGAGGACUGAGAGGUCGUCAUGGAGACUGGCAGCUACACCUCAAGCCCAGCCACCACCAACUGGGUUGGGACGGCGGCUGACCUGGAGGGAAUGGACGUCCUUCGGGAGCACGGAGCAGGGGUCUCAUCCAGCACUCCCGCAUCCUGGUUCAUGCCGUACUCACUGGGCUUCCAGGUGUCACUCACUGCCUUCCUCAUGCUGGAGCUGGUGCUGGGUUUCAGCAGCAACCUGACUGUGCUGGUGCUCUACUGCUCUCAAUCCAACUUAGUGGACUCAGUGAGCAACAUGGUGACGGUCAACCUGCACGUGUUGGAUGUGGUGGUAUGUGUGCUGUGCGUUCCCCUCACUCUGGUGGUCGUGCUUCUGCCCCCGGGACCGAACCUGGCUUUGCUCUGCUGCUUCCACGAGGCCUGCGUCACGUUUGCCAGCAUCGCCACAGCCAUCAACAUCUUAGUUAUCAGCUUGGACCGAUACGACAUCUCGGUUCGACCGGCCAACAGGCUGCUGACAACACGUAGAGCAGCGCUGCUCCUCACUGCUGUCUGGGUCACCUCGGUCGCUGUGUUUUUCAUCCCGUUCUUGGAGACGCAGUGGUCCAGUGGAGAAGGAGCUGAGGACACCGGGCAGGUGACACCUUUGUCUUUGCCCUCAUAUGAUGUCAGCGCCACAGUGGUGCCAGCGUGGCGAAACCAGACUCUCCUGUGUGUUGGCGGUCAGGGCUAUCGCACAAGCCUGGGUAUAUAUUACCAUCUUAUCCUACAGGUGCCCAUCUUCUUCACCACUGUGGCAGUCAUGUUGUUUACCUACUCCAGAAUACUGAGAGCUUUAAACAUUCGGAUUGGCUCCCACAUGAAGAAGAACCAGCGUUUCAGGAGCCCCUCCUGCAGGGGGUGCCACAAGAGACAGAAAAAGAGCAAGGCGGGGCUUAAAAUGAAAGAUGGCGGGGAGGCAGGAGGAGAGCAGUGCACUGUAGAUGGCACCAAACAGCUCAAUCAUCCUCCCCUCAUCCCUUCCCCGUCUCCCACCCCAACAGCUACCUCCCCCCCUGCUCUGUCCUCUUCUGCUCCACUUGUCUCCCCUGAUAUGGGUGCUGCCACCCCCAUGCCGGCCACAGUGGGCGUCCAGGCGUCUGUGUCCGCCAUCAUCGCCCUGCGUCGGGCAGUGCGACGACAUCGGGAUCGACGAGAGCGCCAGAGACGGGUGUUUAGGAUGUCCCUCAUCAUCAUCACAACCUUCCUGGGCUGCUGGGCUCCCCUCUCUGUGACCAACGUGCUGAUCCUGGGUAUUGGCCCCACUGAUGCCCUGGUCAGCCUGCGCUUCUGGUUUCUAGCUCUGGCAUAUGGCACCACCGUCUCCCACCCCCUGCUCUACGCCUUCACCCGGCAGAAACUGCGUCGUGCCCUCCGUGCCAAGGUGAAGAAGAGGGUGGUGUCCCUGCUCCAAGUGGACCCUUCACCAGGGGGCACCGUAAUACACAACUCCUGGGUGGAGAACAGAAAAACCAGCCGGCAGGUGCGACUGGAAGCCAGCGAAGGAACUGACCGCUGCCUGGCAGAGGCCCUGUGAGGCAGAAACACAUGGGCCAGCCUUGUAUAAUUAAAAACCAGAGGAGAGUCACAGGUGUGUUCUAUUAUAAAACUCACUGAUGCGAGAAGGCAGUAUAAGAAAUGUGAAAAACACAUUUCCUCCUCUGGGAGAUUUUUUCAUGUAACCACCAGCAGCGAGCCCGUGCUAAACACAGCGAACAUUCACCUCAGGCAGCAGUGGAAGCAACGCGCUGUUGUCACUGUGGUGCGCACAGACUCUGCACCUGAACAAAACCAUACAACAGACAGGUGUAUAUAAUUUGGAUUCUGUGAAAUACUGAAGUCUAUUUGCAUACAGAGAUGUGUGAUCGAGCAUUCUCAUGGUGGUGCUUACAUAACUUCUCCAAAGAAUGUGUUUAGCCAGCAGAAGCUAUGAUCAGCCUCCCACUCAAAGGCUCCAAGGCAGCUUUUAAAAAUGUCGAUACACUUCAAACACAUAAAAAAAACUCUUUACUCUUUGUUUAAUAUUAUCUCUGCCUUAAUUCUGCUCUGAAUGGAACAUGGAAUUUUAUGAACAUGGUGACUCUUACAUGAGAUAUGAUGAUGAGGUGUAUUAGUGUCAGAGAGUAGGCGAGGAACAAGUCGGAGGACAAUUAAAGGGUGAAAUAUUAAAUACAUUUUUGCUUUAGCUUGAGUACUUAUUAUACAGUCAAAUGCUACAGUGUUUACACAAGAUUUUGCAACACUCUUUGAUAUAAAUGCAACUCUUUUGCCCCCCACUUUGCAUCAAAUGGUGUAAUAUAUUAUCUGGCAUUGCUGGCUAGCUGUUUUCCCCGUUUACACUUUUUUUUAUACCAAGCUAAGCAACCACUGGCUGUGGAUUUAUUUUAAACAUGAUAAAUCUUUAUACCUGACUCUUGAAAAGGCAGAGAUCUUCCUAAAUUAUCAUAAAAAAACAACAUCUAUUGAAGGAUUAGUUGGUAGCAAUGUGGGUGAAGUCAGCUGACUGAAGUAGUGAUAACACUGUAACACAGAAAAAGUUAAAAGAAAGUUUGAUAAUAUUAUCGAAAAUACCACCAUUUAGAGAGAUUCAGUAAUCUCUGUGAUGCAUUUGCAACAAUAACCGAAGACUUAAAGCUUCAUAAAAAUUUGUAUUUAUUGUAGGUCUGUUGUUUUAAAUUGCAUUACAUUUACACUUUCCCUGUGGCUCAGUUUAGGGUUUUGCUAAAAGCAUGUGAUGCUCUUUUGACAGAGCAUUUGUGUACAUCAUGUAAAUAUUGACCAAAUCUAAACCGAUCACGUGAAAUCUUCACUUUGAUCUGUGUGUGAUUAUAGACUACCUUUCUACGUUAGAAGAGUGUUUCAGUUGCCGCUGCCUCGUCUCUGUGGCAGCAGCCAGACAUGUGGUCCAGUGGGUCAACUCAUCAUGGGGGUUGUCCAGCAAACACAAGAAAGUAACGACAGACUGGUGGGAUUAUUACUACGACUAGUGUAGUGUUUGCUGUUGACUUUGUUCUACCUGCUUUUGUGUUCACUGCUCUAGUGCUGUACUCACACUGGGGCUCAUCGCCGAGGCCACGUGAUUUAUCGUGCACACACUUAAUGCAUUUCUGAAUGUAAACAUGUGGAAAAUAUAUAUAUAUAAGGUAUUGUAUGUGCACCAGAAAUAUGCUAUCUUUAUAGGGUUUCUCCAUGGUGUUGUUUUUAUGUGAAUGUGUCACAAAACGGAGAAUUACAUCAAUAAAUAUGAAAUACAGAG